UGGCGUUUGAUCCAACGUUAUAACGGUCUGAGUCUCCACAGGCAGACAGCCUCUCCUGAAAAUCCAGUGUGUAACUUUAUUGCCCUCCAGUUUUUCCAAGAUGAACAGAAUUAUUCUCCAGCUCUUUGCUGUUGGAUUCUGCUUUGCAGUUGCUCAAGCUAUGGAGUGCUACAAAUGCCCCAUUGGCCUCUGGAACCUUUGCAUAACCACUAAAACCACAUGUAAAAGCGGAGAACACUGCUUCAGUGGUGUCGGGAAAGCAGCCAAAGUCAUUGAUAUCCAGAUGAAGGGCUGUCUAGAAGUGGCCAAGUGCAACAUGACCGAAGACGUGAACUUCCCCAGCAGCAGCUCCAACACCACCGUCUACUCCAUGACCAAGACAUGCUGCAACACUGAGCUGUGCAACGCUGCGCCCGGUCUGCCCGGGGCCUCCGGGCUGAGCCUGGCCUUUGCCGCCGUCGCUGCUCUGUUUAUGGCCAACAUCCUGGUUUGAUUGAAAACAGUAGAUGACAGAUUACAAAACGUGCGCGUCCACACACGCACGCACGCACGCACGCACACACACACACACACACACACACACACACACACACACAUACACACACACAUAAAACACACACUACAUAUUGAACACACACCAGCACUACAAGGAUUAAAUUAUCUCCUCAGACACGAUUUUUUUCUCCACACGUGUUCUUUGCUCUUGAAGUGUACUGUCACACAAAUGCUAAUGCAAGUUUAAAUUACCCCCCCUUUUAAUCAGUAAGAUGUCCCAGUCCUCAUUUCACUUUAAGAAGUAUCUAAAUGUUAGUUUACCAACAAUUUAGAGUAACACAAGACAUCAAAGGUGAUUCAAGGAGUCCACCACCUGCUUACAAUGAGUACUGUAAAGUUUUGAUAAAUGAAUCACGUGUUGUGUAAGUAAUUUGUUUUGUAGGUCAAUUGGUGCCGUUCAAGGGCUAGACAAUGAGGCCAUCACAUAGGGGUCAAAAACUGCGGAGGCUUGCUCCAGAAGCGAGACAGUCCUCAUACACACCUACGCUAAAAUGUAAACUUGACAGCAGAAAUAAACAUGUUUACAGGCCGGUACAAAAUAUGGUUUUGGGUCUAUAUCGCAAAUUUUCACUAAUCCGCAUGUAGAUAUGGUCGCUUCUGGCUCCAGAAAACCAAGAUGGCGAUGGCCAGAAAACAGGUGUCCACAAACCAAUGAGAGAUUAUUUUUGGUGCCAUUAUAAAGUAGCUUAAAGGAACUGUCCAACAACCCGGCAAAAUUUAUUCACCUUUUUUUCCCCCGAGAGUUAGAUUAGAAGAUUGAUGCCACUCUCGUUUCUUUCCAAAUAAAUAUGAAGCUAUAACCAGCAGCCAGUUAACUUAGCUUAGCAUAAAGACUGAAAACAGGGGGAAGCAGAGAGCCUGAUGCAGUCCGACGGAAAAAGAAUUUACCUGCUAGCAACUUUAAAGCUUUCUAGUUAACAAGUUGCAUUUUUUACACAUGCACGUAACUUAAAUAUUGAGCUUUGAAAGUGGUAGUAAGAUUUUUUUUUAACAAUUUGACAGAGCCAGGCUAGCUAUUUCCCAGUUUUAAGUCUGUAUGCUAAGCUAACAGGCGGCUAGCUGCAGCUCCAUGUUUACCUUACACAUGUGAAAGUGGUAUUGUCCAUCUCUUCUAACUCUUGACAGGAAGAGGAGCAAUCUAAAUUCACAAAAUGUUGAACUGUAUGUCAUUUUAGUGUCGUUUUAUUACAAAUAUUGUGAUUUCAAUGCACCUAAGAACAUUUCCGUUUGUAUUCAUUUCUUUUAUUGCCAUUUGUUUGCUUUAUUAUUAUGUAGCUAACAUUAUGUAAAAUAUCUUUUGGCUUAUGUCUGGUAGUGUCUGUGAAAAUAUUUCUUUUUGUUUAGCUGGUUCUUCUAUUUUGACACAAAUAGCUCCAUCAGUUCUGUGUUUAAUCUGUUUUAUUUUUUGAUAUUUGUGUCAGAUCCACACUGCUCAUUAUUCGUUAAACUGUGGAGUAAAUGCUUAUCUUGCUAGUUUUGAAUGUAUAUAUGGGAAGAACGUGAUAAAAUCAGUCGUGUUUGCAGAAAUAGAAAUGUAAUGAGAUUGCAGCAAUUUGAAAUAUGUCAGGGCCAAUGUACACAAAUCAUUAAAGUUGAGUUCCUGAAAUCGACACUUUUGGCAUUAUUCUCCAAAAAAGAAACAUGUCUGAAUGUUUUUGCAAAAUUGGUUAUGUAGACAAUCCCAAGAAUGCAAUAAAUGUCCAACUGGGAAAAAUAA